AAUCGAAAGUAAAGCCUAAACUGAGGGAGUGGAGAGUGGGGCAGGAAGGUCUUUGAGGCUCUUUGUUUGCCUGUGCUUCAGCAGCCGCAGAAAACGCAAAGGUCGGUGCUCGUGGUGCUGGUCUUCAAUAGAGGGUGAGAACUGAUCUCCAACAGUUACAGAGCAUUUCAAGAUUGAAGACUUGUGUGAAAGAUGGUCGAUCCUGUGAAAUUAUGUGAGUCUUCUAGCUCUCAGCUUAACUGGCCACAGCCUGAAGAACCAUUCCAUAACGAGGAAGAAGAAAGCAAAGAAUCAAAGAUCAAAUACUAUCUGCUAACAGUUGUUACAGAAGACGACCUUAAGGAGCUAGGGAUUACCAAGCAAGAUUGUCAAGACUUUUCAAGGAACAGACGUGAUGGUUUGGCUGAUAGACUUGAGAAGGAAGGGGAGAAUCAUGAACAGGAGGGACUGGAAAAUGCAGAAAAGCACAAGGUGUCAUCAGGAAGCCAAAGAGAAAACAUCUUCCAGAACAAUGACCAAGGUUGUCAGAAGGGUGAAAAGUCUCAAAAUGCCAGUUUGCAAACAGCCUUUGAGGAGAAACAGACAGCGGUAUCCAAGAAGAGAUGCUGUAAUGUGGAAAACUUCCAAGACAAUGUGAUCUCAGGGAGACCUUCACCAGGACAGAGUUCUUAUGAGUGCACUGUGUGCAAAAGAUGUUUCAGCCGCAGCUCAAGCCUCUUGAAUCAUCUGUGUACCCAGACUGCAAAAAAGCUUCACAAAUGCACGCAGUGUAACAAGGUCUUCAACUGCAACUCGGCUCUGAUUCAGCACCAAAAGAUGCACCAGAGGCAGAAAAUAUCAUUUGAGUGUUCAGAUUGUGGUGAUCGUUUUACUUGCAGAUCUAGCCUCGUUAUCCAUCAAAGAACUCACAAAAGGGAGAAGAGGCCCUAUAUGUGCUUACAGUGUAAUCAGUGUUUCCACCAUGCUUCUGAGCUGAUAACUCAUCCUCACCUGUGAAUGUGAUCCUUUGAGUCUCAGUAAGCUGGAGUUACAGGAAUAAGAAAGAAGAAGCAACCUGUUUUUUGUUUUUUUUUUUCACCUGAUCUAACAUAAAGUUGUGUGCAGGUAAUGUCUAAGAUUGGCAAAGCAAAGAAAUAGGUAAAAUCAUAAAUAUCCCCAGCUGGAAGAGACUCACAAGAACUUUGAGUCCAAUUUCUGGCUUCACACAGGACUAUCCAAAAUUCAGAUCGUAUUUCUGAGAGCACUGUUUAAAUGCUUCUUGAAUUCUGGUAGGUCGCCUCUAACGCAAAGAGUGUGGCUGGAAGAUCAGCUAAUUGCUAAGACAGGCCAUUGGCUGAAGAAUGAAUCUUCCUUCUAACAUGUAAGUUUCUGUUAAGAUGGAAACAGGAGUUUGAAUUUAUUUUAAAGAUGGUAUUUGAGAGAGAAAUAGGACGUAUUACUGACAAAGAUGAGAACUAGGUACUUAUAUUGGUACAGUUUUGAUUCUAAGUUCAGCUGCAGGAUGACCGUGUGCUAAUUACUUUAUCUAUGCCUUUAUGACUUGUUUUAAAAUAAAUGUUAACUUACCUUAAGUUUCUCACUGUAGAAUGUGGACUAAUGCAUCUGGAUACUGAAGUUGCUGGAGUAGUUUAAAGAGCAACGUUCUGAAAACCUAGAUGUCUUUUUCAUUGGCUUUUAAAAGGAAAAUAUUCUAAAACUCUUCUUUAGAAGUUUUUCACCUUUUAAUGGAUUUCGGGUUGUGAACUUGCAAGGCAUUUCUGAACACUAGCCUUCUGUAAUCAUCCAGGAUUUCUGAAGGCAUCAGCAUCUGAUCAAACAUCAAAAUAAACCAUUCUUUCCCUCCCUGUGCUUAUAGAUCUCUGUAAGUCCUUGGCAUCAGCAGAACAUCUUUGAUGCUGAUGUUAGGAGUCAUCUUCUAGAAAUCUUUAAUUUCCAGCUUACCUAAUAUGUAGUUGAGGAGAAAGGAAUCACUUAAGAAUUGGACUUACAGACAGACAUGUCAGACCAGUGUCUCUACUGUCACGGGAAUCAUCGGGAUACUCAAACCAAAAAUAAAAAGAGUACUUUUAUUAUGCAGUUAUGUGUUUAAUGUAAAAUUUGGCAGUUACUAAGAAUUUAAAUGACUGUUGCGUUCUCUCUGUCCCCUCUUAACUUUCACCAAGUAGUCUCUGUUAAAGUUGGGCCCCAUCUUAUGAGUCCACAGAUAUCAGAGUGUUGAUGUAUGUGACAGUUCCUUUGCUAAAGAUAUUUCACCAAUGUUCACUGAGAUGAAAGGAUAGAGAGACUCUGAGGCACCAAAGCAGGCUGGAGAAGCAGCCUGCUUUCUUGAUGGGAGUCCACCUUGCUUAAGGGCUGUGUUAGCUUUGCUGUGGACAUAUUAGCAGUAGUAACGCCAGAAGACUGUUUUUGUAUAUUAAUAAACAUAAAAUAUAUUGAAGUUGUAAUUGUUUUUACCCCCUUUCACAGAACCUGCCAUCCAAAGUGUCUGGCAAAAGUUAUCAGAAUCAGGAAAUCUUGAUAUUUUAAAAGUAUUUCUAAGAUAUCAUAGGUAUCUCAGAUAUCUAUUACAGAAUCGCAGAAGAGGUUGAAGGGACCUCUAAAGCUGAUUCAGUCCAAUCCUCAUAUAAUGUUAUCUCUGAUCCAACAGUCAUUUUAUGCACAGUUUUAGAAGCCUGAGUUCACUUAAUCUUCUAGCUGAUGUACUGUGUUUUGUUCUGAUCUCGUAUAAGAUUAUUGGAAGAGAUUAUUGACAGUAUAUGCAAAAACAAAACAAAACAAAACUUUUCUUUGUUGCUCCUUUAAAUUAAUGGUAUUUGUUAGAAUAGUAAAUACGAAUUAUGUGAAAACAUUUUACUAUGAGGUGAAGCUUCAGUUUUGUGCUUUGACAACUGACUACUUCUGUUUUACUUUUUUUUAAAACUUCAUUACAGUGAAUAUAAUCUUGAUGUUUUGGGGCUUUAAUCUUUAUUAGAGUGACUACAUAAGUAAGUCUGUAUAUUGUAUCUGGACAAUACAUAAGCAUCAUUAACUUGAAACUCAUUAAAGGCUAAGUAUUACAACCCUUGUUUGUGGUGGAUUGGUGAUACUUGACAGUUGUAUUGGUGACCAAAAGCAUAUGCUCUUAUAUGUGAGCACCCACCAACAUCUGCAUUUCUCAGCCAAGCAUGAACUUUUAUACCAAUGACAACGAUUGUACUCUGCAUAUUGCAACUGUUAAAUUGCACGUUGGGUUUCUGUUUUCUGUCUUACUUUAAUGAGUUUUGGAUCAAACAAUACAUUUAAACAUUUAAUGAGAGCAAUUCCUUAAGAAAUGAUUAAAAGUUGGGGUGGGUGUCAAAAGGAUAGAGCAAGCUCUUUACAGUGGUGCCAAGUGGCUGGACAACGGGGCAAUGGGCACAGACUGGAAGAAAAAGUUUGAUCUAAACAUAAGAAAAUACUUUGAGGUAUUUGCUGACAGAGCACUGGGACAGGCUACCUAUUGAAGUUGUGGAGUCUCCUCCUCUGGACAUAUUCAAAACCCGCCUGGACGCUUUCCUGUGCAGCCUACUUUAGGGAACAUGCUUUAGCAGGGGAGUUGGAUUAGAUGAUCUUCCAAAAUCCUUUCUAACCCCUAUGAUUGUGUGAUUCUGUGGUUUAUUGCCUAUCUUUCUUCAUGUCCCUGAUUUUUGUAACAGAUCCCAAUAAGAUGCAUUUUAUUGCUUCUUUUCCACUCUGAAAUCCUUCCUUAGUUUUCCCACAUCUUCCUCAUGCUUAACUGACAUUUCAGAUAUGAAAUUUUAUAUCAGAUAACAACAUUGUUGGAGUAGAUAAAUGCAGGUCUUUGUGGCUGUUCUAGAACAUUGGUAGUUAAAUGGGUAGUAUUUGUGGUUUUUCUUUUUGUUCUUGAAACAAUUAACUUUGAUUUUUGAGUGAUCUGUUAAGCUUAAUUCUCAGCAUGAAGAGAAAUCCUGGUUGAUUUGGACCAGUAUAUAGAGCAUCUGGAAGAGUGGUAAAUCCAAAAAGUCUAAAUGCCUAUAGUCAGACCCUCAAAGGGGUGAAAAUUUUAGCAUAUUGCUGUAGAAUUAAUACAUUCUCCUGGAACUAAAUGCAUUCCAGAUCUGAAAGCAGGAGUGAUACAUAUGUUCCCAUUGUCUGGAGAACAUGAGCAGUUUCUUGUAUUCUGAAAAAUGGAAAAUGCAUGUGCAACAGUUAUUUUAUUAAUAGUUUAAUUAAUUCUUUUAUGUAUUGCUGAUAAUUUGUCAAUUAACUUCGACUAUGUGGAGAGUUUGAGGAGUGCUCAAUAUUUCUUUAUAAAGAGCAAUUAGGAUAAUAAGUUUCCUUUUGAUAGUAAAUGGUAUAUGUUGGAAAGUAUCAGUUUUAAAUUAAUAUCUAAUAAACAAGCUAUGUAUCUGAUAGAUUUCCGUACAAAUUCAUUUGGUAUUCAAGUACUAAAGUUAUCUCACUUCAGAGUCAUGAUUUUUAUAAAUUUAAGUAAUGGUGGUUGGGGGAAAAAAGGGAGGCUUCUCUCACUGUACAUCAAUCUGCUCAUAUAUAGCAGAAGAUUAACCUUUAUUUCUUCCCAUCUCAACUGGAUGACCUGCUAACUGAGGUGUCAACAGGUUUUUUUUUUUUUUUUUUUUUUUUUGAGGAAAGCACUGCAGUGUCUGAACUCAUAUUGCCAGUGUGGGUGAUCUUAUCUGUAUUUGGUCACUGAGAUAAUUUUUUUGUUCAAAAAGAAAAGGGCCAAAAUGUUCAUUUCUAUCAUCCAGAUAAUUUUCUAGUUAUUUGCUUUCUAAUAAUGUGGUGUCAGUUUCUGAGAUAAGGUUGUAAUUGUGAUUCAGUCCUCAAGAUUAGGCUCUUAAAACCUGAAAACAAACACUGCAGGAGAGAAAAAUUAAUUUCAGACUAUAGAAAUUAACUAAAGAUGAUGCUAUUAACAAUGGAGCUACUGUUACCAAGAAUGGCUUUUCUUCAUGUGCUUGUAGAAAGUGCAGAGAGCAAUCAUGCUUUAUGAUGGACUCUGUUAGGGCUGCUACUCCAGUGUGGUGGGCAACAAAUGCAUGUUGCUCUGGACAUUUCUGAGUGCAUUUAGGGACAGUAAAGAGACAUUUGUUUAGGAGUGCUACUCCUCCUCCCCUGUGGUCCCAAGAAGGUGUCUCCUAGCAGUCAAGUUAUUACAACCAGUGUGUUCCUCCAAAAUAUUUGUUUCUGAGCUUCCUUAUUCUGGUAAUGCCCAGUAUGACAACAUACCUCUCCUAGCAGGCUUCUUCUUUUGUUACUGUAAUUAUCUUUACAUGCCACAGAAUGUAUGUGGGGGGUACAAUGUCUCCCAGGAUGGAGGAUUAAAAAUAUGGAAAAGGACACAAUUCUAAAUUUCAGAAGAAUUUGGAGAAUGUUCAGUGCCUGAAGCUGAGGAGUCUGAAGUACUUUAUAAAUAGUCAAGGACAAACUGAAUACUCACUAAUACAGCCAAGCAAACAUCAGUUUUUAUUGUAUGUACAGAAGGUAUUUCUGAUGUUUUCAGAUACUAGCGUUUAUGUUUUAGCAACUU